CACUCUGUCAUGAUGGAAAAGUUCACAGCAGUACUAUAUGUCCUUUUGGUCUCAUGCAUCUGCAGGACAUCAGGGCAGACAUGUGAAGGAAACUGUGGGGAAAAAUUGGACUCAUGUUCAUGCCAUGCGACAUGUGAGUCUCUGAAGAACUGCUGUACAGACUAUGAAGAGUACUGCGUGGACGUCUCUCCAUAUUCAGGGUCCAUUUUGGGUGGGAUGGAUUUUAUUGUCCUUGACGCGAGUUUCAAUGAGAGUUCAGAGAUUAUAUGCAGGUUCAAUGCUGACAUCUACACUGUGGGGUAUGUGGAUGAACACAGUAGAGGCCAUUGUAUCUCCCCACUAUUGUAUGAGACAGGAUGGGUUCCCCUGCACAUCUCCUCUGAUAAUGGCACUACGUUCAGUAGAUUUGGAGCCUGGCUCUCAGUACAUACUGGAAAGUUAGACGCUAAAUUUAAGGCGACUCUGGUCAACUCAACAAAAUGGCAGUACUAUGGUACACCUAAUGUUGGAGGCACUCUUGAGGUGACGUGGAAUACCUCUUUGGUCAGAGCGGAGAGGGUAAAUAUAGAGCUCUGGGGAUACAGGGAGACAGGAGAACCCUAUUCAGACAACUGGAAGGCCGAGUGGGCCUAUCUGUACUCGCUCGCAAAGGAGCAGCCCAACAAUGGUUCCUUUAGCUUUCUGCCCAAACCAGCAGAGAAUGGUUUUGCAAAGUGGGAGCUUGGCUCUCUACGUAUCAGCUCCAGCACUUACCCUGAAGGCAUGUGGAAUGUACAAGCCACAUGGACCGAGGAUCACGCUCUGGCCUGGCAUCUGGAGGAGAAGUUCAGGCAAAACUCAGCAGUCUGGGCCAUGGAGAAAUGUCUAGCAUGGGACCAGCUGGAAAAUCAGCUGCCCAACUUCCUCAGUGAGAUCAUAGACUGCCCCUGCACGCUAGCUCAAGCCAGAGCAGACACUGGGAGGUUUCAUACGGACUACGGCUGUGAUAUAGAGAAGGGGAGUGUGUGCACCUACCACCCUGGAGCCGUUCACUGUGUGAGGGCUAUACAAGCCAGUCCUAUGUAUGGAGCAGGACAACAGUGUUGCUAUGACAGCACCGGCGCUCAGGUCCUGACAGCAGACUCAAUUGGGGGAAGUACUCCAGACCGAGCACACGACUGGGGCUCACCUCCAUUUAAGAAACCCCCUCGGGUUCCUGGAGAGUCCCACUGGGUCUAUGACGUCCUCAGCUUCUACUACUGCUGCCUGUGGUCUGACAACUGCCACUACUACUUCAAACACCGGCCGUCCAGUGACUGCAGGCGUUACCAGCCUCCAAGCUCAGCUGUGGUGUUUGGAGAUCCCCACUUCAUAACAUUUGAUGGCGUCAGCUACUCCUUCAAUGGCUAUGGGGAAUACACUUUGGUGACCUCAGGAGAGAAACGGCUGACGGUCCAAGGCAGAACGGAGCCUGUGAACGGCACCUCAAUAAAAGCAACAAAGUUGACGUCUGUCGCCAUGAAAGAAGCACUCUCUGAUGUCAUUGAGGUGCGGCUGGCAAGCGCAAACAGCCUUGAAGUGCUGCAGAAUCAGAAAACCCUCUCCUUUAGCGAGCAGAGCUGGAUGGACCUGCACGGUGUGUUUGUGUUUUCUCCUACCUCCACAAAUGUGACCGUGAUGUUCCUCAGUGGAGCUGGGGUGGAGGUGCGACUGAGAGAGGGAACCAUGACAACCACCGUGCUCCUGCCAGAAGAGUUUCACAGCUCCACUCUGGGACUGUUGGGAAAGAUGAACGGGGACGCCAAAGACGACCUCGUUCUCAGCGACGGCCAAUUCGUGCAGAACCACAGCAAUCCAGAGGAGGUGUUCAGAUUUGGGGCAAGCUGGGCCAUCUCCAACAAGUCCGCCUUGUUCACAUAUGAUUCGGACUAUCUUUUGGACACAUAUUUCUAUGCCCCGAGACAUGACCACACCUUUGUCCCAGUGUUUUCUGUCCCUGAGAGUCCAGAUGAUCCAUUAGCCGAUCAAGCAUCAAAGAUAUGCUCUGGAGAGGGCGCUCAGUUCUGCAGGUAUGACAUCCUGGUAGGUCGUAGUGCAAGUAUGGGCAAUGCGACAAAAGAGUCUUUCCAGAGUCACAUUUCUCUUGUGGAGGAUCUAAAGCCAGUGAUAUCCUGUGGAUGGCUUUCACCACCAAGUCAUGGGAAGAAGGAAGGCACCACAUAUUUACAAGGAGCCAAGGUGAACCUUAUCUGUGAUGACGGAUACACACUCAAAGGAUCAGCGGAGCGUGUAUGCCAGCAGAAUGGCCAGUGGUCUGGGGAGGAAACAACCUGCGUGGUUCCCAUUAAUGUCGCAGGAAUUGUGGCCGGUUCAGUCGUUGGGGCUUUAGCACUGAUUUUGAUUGUAACAGCAAUCGUUCUUCACUCCAGGAAACAAAAAAGGUGA